AUGGAGGCAGAGUUUGUAUCUGAGUCAAGGGUGGAUAUGGUGUUACAAAGAGGCCCUUCCUCCAGAUUCAAAGGGGUAAGUCUGCUGAAAAGUGGUAACUGGGGUGCUAGGAUCUCCUAUAUGUACAAGCCAUACUGGCUUGGAGCAUAUCAGAUGGAGGAAGAGGCAGCUAUUGCUUAUGACAGAGCAGCCGUCAAGCUUCAAAGAGGUGAUACCCAACUCAACUUUCAUUGGAGUAAAUACAGUGCUGAAGAGAGCAUAUUCCAAAGUCAGUACUCAACUGAGGAAAUUCUGAGUAUGUUAAAGGAUAAAACUUACUCAUCCAAACUUAUGAAUUUUCUUUCAAGGCAUUCAUCAGGUUUGGGAACUCGAACAACAACCUUCAUGAAUGAACAAGGGAUUUCAUAUCACUUUCUCUUUCAGAAGGAACUGACUCAUAGAGAUGUCACUAACAAGUGCUUUCUGAUCCCAAGGGAAUUUUCAUUUCAAUACCUUCCCCCACCUGAAGGCAUCAUCAAUGCAGGAGAAGAUGAAGCUAGGAUGAAUAACCUGAACCAGAAAGACUUAGUAAUGUUUUACAAAUGCGAGUAUGAAGGGGAGGUUCUCGGGAGAGAAGUUUACAUGAUAGACUAUCAAAGAAGCAAUGGGGAAAACUAUGUCCUAGAGCAUUCUUCAGGAAGCAGUACCAUAGAGUUAGAGGCUGAUUGCAAGCAAAAAGAGACUAAGAAAGGAUUCAAGCUAUUUGGUGUGGAGAUUAAUGGUUAA